AUGUCCCCUCAGGUGUUAUGUAAACAAACUGAGAAAUCGGAGAAGGUGUAUGAGAAAGAGGCCAAGUAUGGUGCUCAUAAUUACCAUCCAAUCGAGGUUGUACUUUGUCGCGGGGAGGGGCCCUAUGUGUGGGACAUUGAGGGAAAUAAAUACCUUGAUUUCUUGAGCGCAUAUACUGCUGUUAGUCAAGGACAUUGUCAUCCUAGGAUUGUAAAAGCACUGGUUGAUCAGGCUCAACAGCUUACUCUUGUAUCGAGAGCUUUUUAUACGGACCUACUUGGAGAAUAUGAGGAGUAUAUCACAAAAUUGUUUGGAUAUGACAAAGUUCUUCCAAUGAAUACAGGCGGUGAGACAGCCAUUAAAUUAGCCCGAAAGUGGGGAUAUAAGGUCAAAAAGAUACCACGCAAUGAGGCCAUUGUUAUUUUCGCUGAGGGUAACUUCUGGGGCCGAACGUUAGCGGCCUGUUCUUCUUCAACCGACCCAUCUUGUUACUCCGACUACGGGCCGUUCAUGCCGGGCUUUGAAAUUGUUCCUUACGACGACAUUCCAGCACUUGAAGAAAAGUUAAAAAACCCGAACGUGGCUGCCUUUAUGGUCGAACCAAUUCAAGGGGAGGCUGGCGUUCGUGUACCCUCUGAUGGCUACCUUCGUAAAGUCCGCGAGCUCUGCACAAAAUACAAUGUUCUUUGGAUUUCAGAUGAAGUCCAAACUGGACUUGGUCGCACUGGUCGGCGUUUGUGUGCUGACUACGAAGAUGUCAAGGCAGAUAUUGUGAUUCUGGGAAAGGCACUCUCCGGUGGUCUGUUGCCCGUGUCGGCUGUUCUGGCCAACGACGACGUUAUGCUCACUAUCAUGCCAGGAGAGCACGGCUCGACCUAUGGGGGAAACCCUCUGGCUUGCCGUGUCGCCAUGGCCGCCCUCCAAGUUAUGGAAGAUGAGCAUCUUGCCCAGCAUGCCGAUGCAAUGGGCAAGAUAUUUAGAGAAUCAAUGGAAACUCUACCAAAAAGCGUGGUUUCUUGUGUUCGUGGCAAGGGUCUCCUAAAUGCUGUUGUAGUGAAUGAGAAAUUCGAUGCAAUGGAGAUUUCCCUUAAGCUGCGUGACCACGGAAUUCUUGCCAAGCCUACACGUCGGUCAAUCAUUCGUUUCGCCCCAGCUCUUGUAAUUAGUGAGGAAGACUUGAAGAAGGGGUGUGAAAUCAUUCACAAAGUCUUUGCUAUGUUUGCAGAUGCGUAG